GAGGAUUUUUGAGGAAGUAACUAGUUUGGUUGAGAGCUGGGAACUGAGUCAGGUAAGCCCAUGUCAUGUUGUAACUCCACCAGAAAAUGGAGGAGAGCGGGUUUCCAGGAGACAAAGCUGAGAAGUGUUUAUAAAAUUAUGGAUGUCUCCAUUUUGAAGCUCUGUUGGUGAUGCCUGGAAGAGGAGGCUUGCCUGCCUUCUCCUUCUCCCUUUCUAGGGGGCGAAUCUUGUGGUGGUUCCUCACUAUCUGUUCAUUAUGCAAAGAAAUGAGGGGCUUGGGAGGGCUUCUCAGAUAUUUCUCCCACCCAGGGAGUACUUUCACAAGUUAUGGAGGCAUUUGUUUCCAUUUUAAAGUAAACUUUUGGAAUUUUUUUCUCUCCUUUUGAGUGGACCUGUAGGGUUUUGACCUCCUUUGGGAAAGGCAAGGCAAAACCUUAAACAUUUUUCCACUGAGGGUCCUUCACAGAACUUUUAAGCUGCUCCAGGUCUCCUGCAAGUCACCAGGAAAUGUGAUUUCCUCCUUGUGAAGAUGGUGGUGGCCCUGAGCUGAGAUUUUUGGAGUUCUGGGGCUUGAUUAUCAUCAUGUUUUGAUGCGCUGCAAGACUUUAUUGUCUGGUUGUGGUUGAUUUCUGCAAAACAACAGCAGCAACAGCAAAUCUGGCAAGACCUCAGAGGAACUCUUUAAGACUGGCUGACACCAGUUUCUGGAAGGUCUACAUUUCUUUUCAGGAGGCUUCAUUUGUGUAUUAGGCCUUCUUUGAGUUCCUUUGUUUUCCCUUUUCCCUUCCAUUCUGCUGCUUUUUUUUUUUUUCCCCUUUUCUGUGUUCUCAAGUACUGUAAGUCUUCAGGAAUAUCAGAUGUCUUCUUAACAAUGUCACUAUGGAAACAAAAUUUUAAAAUAUUAUGUCAGUUGAGAAAACCUUCUGUCCAGAUAGCUUCACCUUUCUAAUUGGGAGGAAUUUAUUAGUCUUAGAGGAAGACAUUUUGUGAGGAUGAUUUGAAGAAAGGACCCAAAUCUACCCAGUCCACACACACACUGAUUGGAGUUCUUCACGGAUUAGUUCUAGAGAAUGUAUGUAAUCAAUCCCAGUAAAGAACUAAAGCCUGAAAUGCUUGAGGAAUUUAUAAAAGCCAACCAUGAAGAUGUUGCUUUUCCAUUAGAUAAGGUAGCCAUCUUGAGGAUGAGGGAAGAUGUUGGAAGAAUAUUAGAUGGACUCUUGAAGAUAGGUGAGGAAUGCUCCACAGUGGAAUGGAGGAGAUUCAGAACCAGUUAAUUUAUUGUAAGGAGGCUGAUUGGACUUUGUUUUCAACUAAGGAGGAAUAUAGAAAGGUACCAGCUUCAACAGAAAUAAGGAACACAUUGGUUCCUAAUGUGAGAGAGUAGACCCAGAUGAUGGAGGUGCUUCAGUGUGAUGGCUGUGACUUCAGAGCCCCGUCUUAUGAAGAUCUCAAGGCGCACAUCCAGGAUGUCCACACGGCAUUUCUGCAGCCGACGGACGUUGCUGAAGACAAUGCGAAUGAGUCACGAUCUGGGUCCAUGAAUGCCAGUAACCAGACAGAGGUGGAGUUUUCAUCUAUAAAGGAUGAAUUUGCAAUUGCAGAGGACUUAACAGGUCAAAAUGCAGCCGCCUUGGGGACUGGAAGUUACUAUGGCCAUAGUCCAGGAUAUUACAGUCAGCAUAUUGCCCCUAAUCCCAAACCAACAAACAAGUUUUUUCAAUGCAAGUUCUGUGUGCGCUACUUCAGGUCAAAAAACCUCCUCAUUGAACACACUAGAAAGGUCCACGGAGCUCAAGCUGAAGGGAGUUCAGCCGGACCACCUGUUCCAGGAUCCUUAAAUUAUAAUAUCAUGAUGCAUGAGGGAUUUGGAAAGGUCUUCUCUUGCCAGUUUUGCACAUACAAGUCACCAAGGAGGGCAAGAAUAAUUAAGCAUCAGAAGAUGUAUCACAAAAACAAUUUGAAGGAGACCACUGCUCCCCCCCCUGCCCCUGCUCCAAUGCCAGACCCGGUGGUCCCACCCAUGUCCCUGCAGGACCCCUGCAAGGAACUGCCAGCGGAGGUCGUGGAGCGCAGCAUCUUAGAAUCCAUGGUCAAGCCGCUGACCAAGUCUCGAGGCAACUUUUGCUGUGAGUGGUGCAGCUAUCAGACCCCCCGCCGAGAACGCUGGUGUGACCACAUGAUGAAGAAGCACCGCAGCAUGGUCAAGAUCCUGUCCAGUCUCAGGCAGCAGCAAGAAGGGACGAAUGUGCCUGAGGCGCAGAACAAGAACGACCUCAGCCCCACUUCUAACUCCACCUAUCUGUCCAUGAAUGCUGCCAGCCGGGAGUUACCCAGCACUAACGUCUCCAACUUCAGGGGCUCCAUCGGCAACUCCAUCAUGAGACCCAAUUCUUCUUCCACUUCCAAGUUUUCGCCCAUGUCUUACCCUCAGAUGAAGCCGAAGUCACCUCACAAUUCUGGCCUUGUUAACUUGGCAGAGAGAUCCCGUUACGGAAUGCCUGAGAUCACCAAUUCUGCUGACCUGGAAACUAAUAGCAUGCUGAAUGACUCCAGUUCCGAUGAAGAGUUAAAUGAAAUAGACAGUGAAAAUGGCUUAAAUGCUAUGGAUCACCAGACAGCAGGCAUGUCUGCAGAGCAGCUGAUGGGUUCAGAUGGCAACAAAUUAUUGGAGACCAAGGGGAUCCCGUUUAGAAGAUUCAUGAAUAGGUUCCAGUGCCCCUUUUGCCCUUUCCUCACCAUGCAUCGACGUAGUAUUUCCCGUCACAUAGAAAACAUCCACUUAUCUGGAAAGACAGCCGUCUACAAAUGUGAUGAAUGUCCGUUUACUUGCAAGAGCUCGUUAAAACUUGGGGCUCACAAACAGUGUCACACGGGUACCACGUCAGAUUGGGAUGCUGUGAAUUCCCAGAGUGAAGGCAUCUCCUCCUCACUGAAUGAAGGUGUCAUGUCUUACGAGAGCUCAAGCAUCAAUGGCAGGAAGUCGGGGGUCCUGUUGGAUCCCUUGCAGCAGCAACAGCCGCCUCCGCCGCCGCCCCCCCCACCACCACCUCCUCCAUCACAGCCUCAGCCGCCGCAGCUACAGUCGCCCCAUCAGGUGCCACCCCAGCCCCAGCUGCCCCCGCCGCCUCCCCCGCCGCCCGCACAAGCCCCACCCCUGCACCCCUACAAGUGCACCAUGUGUAAUUACUCCACCACGACUCUGAAAGGGCUGCGAGUUCAUCAGCAGCACAAACACUCUUUCUGCGACAACUUGCCAAAAUUCGAGGGGCAGCCCUCAAGCCUGCCGUUGGACAGCGAGACAGACAGCCACCCCUCUUCCAGCAACACUGUGAAGAAAAGUCAGACCUCAAUUCUUGGGUUGUCCUCCAAGAACAAUUUUGUCGCCAAGGCCUCUAGGAAGCUCGCUAACGACUUUCCGCUCGACUUGUCGCCCGUGAAGAAGAGGACCAGGAUUGACGAGAUAGCAAGCAACCUGCAGAGCAAAAUUAACCAAACAAAACAGCAGGAAGAUGCGGUGAUCAACGUGGAGGAUGACGAGGAGGAAGAAGAGGACAAUGAAGUGGAGAUCGAGGUGGAGCUGGACAGGGAGGAAGAGCCGCCGGAGCCCGUCCUGGAGGUGCCCACGCCCUUCUCUGCCCAGCAGAUCUGGGCGAGAGAGGCCCCUGAGCCCCCGAAGGAGCCCAACUUCAGAACUGUCGCCCAUGAUUACAAUGCCACCAAUGGGGCUGAAAUAGAGCUCACCCUUUCUGAAGAUGAAGAGGAUUAUUACGGCUCCUCCACCAACAUGAAAGAUCACCAGGUUUCCAAUACUACUCUGCUCAACACCCAGACUCCCAUCUACGCAACUGAGCACAAUAAUGAAAAUACCGACUUUAGUGACUCGGGAAGGCUUUAUUAUUGCAAACACUGUGACUUUAACAACAAAUCUGCCCGGAGCGUCAGCACCCACUACCAGCGCAUGCACCCGUACAUUAAGUUCAGCUUCAGGUACAUCUUGGACCCCAACGAUCACAGUGCAGUGUACCGGUGUCUGGAAUGCUACAUCGAUUACACCAACUUCGAAGACCUGCAGCAGCAUUACGGCGAACACCACCCAGAAGCCAUGAAUGUCCUCAACUUUGACCAUUCGGACCUGAUCUACCGGUGUCGGUUUUGUUCCUACACGAGCCCGAACGUCCGAAGCCUGAUGCCACAUUACCAAAGAAUGCAUCCCACCGUGAAGAUUAACAAUGCCAUGAUCUUUUCGAGCUACGUGGUGGAGCAGCAGGAGGGGCUAGGCACGGAAUCCCAGACGCUGCGGGAGAUCCUGAAUUCAGCUCCGAAGAACAUGGCCACAUCCACUCCCGUGGCCCGGGGUGGCGGUAUGCCAGCUCCGUUCCCCAAAAACACUCCUUCCAAGACCUUUCCUCCAGAAUGUGAAAAUCAGAAGGACCCCUCGGUCAACACCGUGGUCGUGUACGACUGUGACGUUUGCUCCUUCGCGAGUCCGAACAUGCACUCUGUGUUGGUUCAUUAUCAGAAGAAACACCCAGAAGAAAAGGCUUCCUACUUUAGGAUCCAGAAAACCAUGCGAAUGGUGUCUGUGGACAGGGGCUCUGCCCUUUCUCAGUUAUCAUUUGAGGUGGGUGCUCCAAUGUCUCCCAAAAUGUCCACCAUGGGUUCCCCACCCCCCCCACAACCCCCGCCACCAGACCUCAGUACUGAGCUUUACUACUGCAAACACUGUUCCUACAGCAAUCGGUCAGUUGUGGGAGUCCUUGUCCACUACCAGAAAAGACACCCAGAAAUAAAGGUUACUGCCAAAUAUAUCAGACAGGCUCCUCCCACAGCUGCAAUGAUGAGAGGGCUGGAGGGGCCCCAUGGCUCCCCCCGGUCAUCCGCCCCUAUGCAACAGCUCAACCGGAGCAGCUCCGAGAGAGAUGGCCCUCCCGUGGAGAAUGAGAUGUUUUUUUGCCAGCACUGUGAUUACGGGAACCGGACGGUCAAAGGUGUCCUCAUUCAUUAUCAGAAGAAGCACCGAGACUUCAAGGCCAACGCGGACGUGAUCCGGCAGCACACGGCCACCAUCCGAAGCCUCUGCGACCGCAACCAGAAGAAGCCUGCCAGCUGCGUGCUGGUCUCCCCCUCGGGUGUGGAGCGGGACAAAACAAAAUUGCGAGCGCUCAAGUGUAGGCAGUGCUCGUACACCUCCCCCUACUUUUAUGCCCUGAGGAAGCACAUCAAGAAAGACCACCCAGCCCUGAAGGCCACGGUCACGUCCAUCAUGCGAUGGGCAUUUCUAGAUGGCUUGAUAGAAGCUGGCUACCACUGCGAGUGGUGCAUCUAUUCCCACACAGAGCCAAGUGGUUUGCUCCUACAUUACCAAAGGAGGCACCCCGAGCAUUACGUGGAUUAUACCUACAUGGCCACCAAGCUCUGGGCGGGGCCAGACCCGUCCCCUCCCUCUCUCACUAUGCCAGCUGAAGCCAAAACGUACAGAUGCAGAGACUGUGUUUUCGAAGCCCUCUCCAUCUGGGACAUCACCAAUCACUACCAAGCAUUCCACCCUUGGGCCAUGAACGGGGACGAGUCGGUGCUGCUGGAUAUCAUCAAGGAGAAAGAUGCCGUGGAGAAUCCCAUGCCUUCCUCUGAAGACCUGGUGGGCCCUGUGAGUUGUGAAAACAGUCUGCCCGGCCCGCUCCCUGAGCAGGAAGGCGAAUGCCCCGAGGAUGCCAGGCUUUCCCCUGAAAAGACCAUCCAGCUUGCCUCAGUUAACCCCGCCAUCUCCUCGACCCCAUACCAGUGUACCGUGUGUCAGUCUGAAUAUAACAACCUGCAUGGCCUCCUGACCCACUAUGGGAAGAAGCACCCAGGCAUGAAGGUGAAGGCUGCCGACUUUGCCCAGGACAUCGAUAUCAACCCCGGCGCUGUCUACAAAUGCAGGCACUGCCCUUAUAUCAACACCCGCAUCCACGGGGUCCUGACCCAUUACCAGAAGCGACAUCCGUCCAUCAAGGUGACCGCCGAGGACUUCGUGCACGACGUGGAGCAGUCCACCGACAUAGCCCAGAACGACGUAGAGGAAACGAGCAGGAUCUUCAAGCAAGGGUACGGCGCCUACCGCUGCAAACUGUGUCCCUACACACACGGCACUUUGGAGAAACUCAAGAUCCACUAUGAGAAGUACCACAACCAGCCGGAAUUCGAUGUCUUUUCCCAGUCGCCCCCGAAGCUGCCCAUGUCCCUCGAGCCGGAGAUAACCACUGAAGUGAGCCCCUCCCAGGUAUCGGUGACCGAGGACGAGGCGGGAGAGGAGCCCGUGUCCACGUCUCACUUCGCUACCUCGCACCUCGUGUCCCACACUGUGUUCCGGUGCCAGCUCUGCAAGUACUUCUGCUCCACGCGGAAGGGCAUCGCCCGGCACUACCGCAUCAAACACAACAACGUGCGCGCCCAGCCCGAGGGCAAGAACAACCUCUUCAAGUGCGCCCUGUGUGCCUACACCAACCCCAUCCGCAAAGGGCUGGCUGCCCACUACCAGAAGCGCCACGACAUCGACGCCUACUACACCCACUGCCUGGCGGCCUCCAGAACCAUCAGCGACAAGCCCAACAAGGUGAUCAUCCCGUCGCCGCCCAAGGAUGACUCCCCGCCACUCAGCGAAGAGCUGCGGCGCGCCGUGGAGAAGAAGAAGUGCUCUCUCUGCGCCUUCCAGUCCUUCAGCAAGAAGGGCAUCGUGUCCCAUUACAUGAAGCGCCACCCGGGGGUCUUCCCCAAGAAGCAGCAUGCCAGCAAGCUAGGGGGCUACUUCACCGCGGUCUAUGCCGACGAGCACGAGAAGCCAAUGCUGAUGGAAGAUUCGGAAGAGAGAGGCGCCUUCGAGAAAGCCGAGGUGGAAGGAAACGAAGGGCAGGACAUCGAGUGGCUCCCGUUCCGCUGCAUCAAGUGCUUCAAGCUGUCCUUCAGCACGGCCGAGCUGCUGAGCAUGCACUACACGGACCACCAUAGCCGGGACCUCAAGAGGGACUUCGUCAUCCUGGGCGGCGGCCCCCGGCUGCAGGGCUCCGCCUACCAAUGCAAGCAUUGCGAGAGCAAACUGCAGAGCACCGCCGAGCUGACCUCGCACUUGAACAUUCACAAUGAGGAAUUCCAGAAGCGUGCCAAACGUCAGGAGAGGAGGAAACAGCUUUUGAGCAAGCAGAAAUAUGCAGAUGGUGCUUUUGCAGAUUUCAAACAAGAGAGGCCUUUUGGUCACUUAGAAGAGGUGCCAAAGAUCAAGGAGAGGAAGGUGGUGGGCUACAAGUGUAAAUUCUGUGUGGAAGUGCAUCCGACGCUCCGAGCCAUCUGCAACCACCUCCGCAAGCACGUCCAGUACGGCAGCGUCCCCUCCGUGUCCGCCGCCGUGAAGGGGCUGCGUUCUCACGAGAGGAGCCACCUGGCCCUGGCCAUGUUUACCCGCGAGGACAAGUACAGCUGCCAGUACUGCUCCUUUGUUUCCGCUUUCAGGCACAAUUUGGAUCGCCAUAUGCAAACCCACCACGGACACCAUAAACCAUUCCGAUGCAAACUCUGCUCCUUCAAGUCCUCCUACAACAGCCGGCUGAAGACACACAUCCUCAAAGCUCAUGCUGGUGAGCACGCCUACAAGUGUUCGUGGUGCUCCUUUUCCACCAUGACAAUCAGCCAGCUGAAGGAACACUCGCUCAAGGGCCACGGAAAAGCCCUGACCCUCCCCAGGCCGCGGAUUGUCAGCCUCCUCUCCUCACACGCCCACCACGCCUCCCAAAAAGCCACCCCGGCCGAAGAAGUGGAAGAUUCCAAUGACUCAUCCUACUCUGAGCCUCCAGAUGUUCAGCAGCAGUUGAACCACUAUCAGUCCGCUGCUCUGGCGAGAAACAACAGCCGUGUGAGCCCUGUGCCUCUUUCUGGGGCCGCGGCGGGUGCUGAGCAGAAAACGGAAGCCAUUCUUCACUGCGAAUUCUGUGAAUUCUCCUCUGGCUAUAUCCAGAGCAUCAGGCGCCAUUACAGGGACAAACACGGAGGGAAGAAGCUCUUCAAGUGCAAAGACUGCUCCUUUUACACAGGCUUUAAAUCUGCUUUUACUAUGCACGUGGAAGCCGGGCAUUCGGCGGUCCCCGAGGAGGGCCCCAAAGAUCUCCGCUGUCCUCUCUGCCUCUAUCACACCAAAUACAAGCGCAACAUGAUCGACCAUAUUGUACUGCACCGAGAAGAGCGGGUUGUCCCCAUUGAAGUGUGCCGGUCCAAACUGUCCAAAUACUUGCAGGGAGUAGUUUUCCGCUGUGAUAAGUGUACCUUCACCUGCUCCAGUGACGAGAGCCUCCAGCAGCACAUAGAAAAGCACAAUGAACUGAAACCUUACAAAUGCCAGCUCUGCUACUUUGAGACCAAGCAUACGGACGAACUGGACCGCCACCUCCGGGACGAGCAUAAGGUAAGCCGAAACUUUGAGCUGGUUGGACGGGUUAACUUGGAUCAGCUGGAACAGAUGAAGGAGAAGAUGGAGAGUUCCAGCAGUGAUGAUGAAGACAAGGAAGAAGAAAUGAACAGCAAGGCUGAUGACAGAGAUCUCUUGAGAUUUUCUGACCAUGGGGCUGCUAUCAACACUGAGAAGCGUUUUCCGUGUGAAUUUUGCGGACGGGCGUUUUCCCAGGGCUCUGAGUGGGAAAGGCACGUGCUGAGACACGGCAUGGCAUUGAAUGACACCAAGCAGGUGAGCCGAGAGGAAAUCCACCUGAAGGGUAACAUGGAGGACAGUAUUAAGAUGCCCUCUAUAGAGGAAAAGGAAGAUGAUGAAGCAAUCGGGAUAGACUUUUCCCUAAAGAACGAACCAGUAGCCAUCUGUGUCGUAGCUGCUGACAAAUCUCUCCUGGAGAAUGUGGAGGCCAAAAAAGAAUAAGCGUUUGGUGAAAUUCUUAAUCACCCCUUACUUGAACCGUGAUGAAAAAGAAAAGUGGGAGGGCCAGCUUGGGCUGAGAAGGGGGGGACAGAAAAAAGAAGACAGAACAAAGCUGCUUUUUAGGACUGAACAAUCUAUUUUCAAAGCACUGGUACCUGUGUGAGUGAGUAUGUAAAUUAAAGUUAUUUAAAUGGUUGGAAUAUGUGGCUCCUUUUCCAUCACUACGUCUUUCCUUCCGGAUCUUCAUCGUGGAAGUUUCGUUUGUUGCGGAAGCAACGGAAGCACCUCCCUUGCACACCUGUGCACUAUGGUGGUCUGGGACCGUAUGUGGAAAGAGAAGCUCCGUGACAGUAGAAGACUUCUCUUAGGGGAACAACUUUUUGACGCACAACUUUUGGUGCGUUUUUCUAGUUUUAAUACCUUAAGCUUUUUCAAGACCUAACUGCAGCCGCUUUGGGAAAAAACAAACAGAAAAAAAAAAAAAAACAAAAAAACAAACAAACAAAAAACCAGAAAACAAAAAAAAAACUGCUUUGCAUAAAACAGUCACCUGUUUCCUAGUACCUCAAACUUAACCAAGGGAAUUCUCUGCAUUUGUCAGUACUACCUGUCGUCAUUGUGGUUAAAUGUAGAGAGAACUGCUGGGCAAGAUGGUGAAUGGAGAAAAAAAAAAGAGUUUUAAAGAAAGGAACACAAAUUGUGCUUAAAAUCCCCACGUGGGUUUUAUUUCUUAAAAUACUGUGAUUUUUUUAAUUAUUUUAGUAAAAAACAAGACAAAAAAAAAGAAACAGACUUUAAUUAUUAGAUAAAUGUUUGUGAAUUGUCAUCCUUUAUUCCAGGUAAGCUGUUUAUUAGUGUUCAACUAUAAUUUAGAAUUUGGUAGAUUUCAUGUGAGCUAAUUUUAAGGUGACUUUGGAGUUUUGUUUGCCACAUGUUUAUUUUCUAUCAGUUUGAGUGUUACAAACACAGCACAAUUCAGUUUUUCAUAUAAAUUGUAUUUUGUGUGUGUGUUGUUAUUGUUGUUUUGAUUUGGGGGCAAGGGAGAUUUAGUUUUUUGUGAAUAGGAAUGUUUUUAUUUUAAACAUGGAAAUAACAAAGAAGUUAACGUUUUUUUUUAAUUUAACUAAAGAACCAAACUUUUCGGCACCUCUAUGCAGCUUGUGGGCCAGACGAGGAAGUCCUCUUCACCCUUUUGUUGCUGUCAAAUUUACACAUUAUCCGUCUCACACAAAUAAUCUCUGUUAGGAUGGGCUGGCUUUUGUGUGUGAUUUCUAAAUCUGUGUUCUGAUUUUGUUUGCAUUGUGGGGUUUUUUUUGGAGCGGGGGGAGGAUUCUCAUUUAUUUUUCGGGACAAGGGGAUGUGCUCAAAUCCCAUCCCUUUGGUGAGAGUGUUCAAGAAAUACUUAUAUCCUACAAGGAGCCUGGAGAACUACUUUUUUUUUUUUUUUUUAAUCUAGCUGCCAGCUGCUCUGUUUCCCCAUAUUAGCUUUUUCAGGAGGGAGCAGCUUAGACGAAAUCUAAGUCUACAUUUAUAAUACGUUCUGAUUGUGAACAAAGGGUUUCGUUCCAAAAAAGUAGAACUUUCCUUGAAUCCUAGGUUUUAGAAGCCUGUGUGUGAGAGAGCUUGGAUGUGUGUGUGGGUGUGUGUGUGUGUGUGCGAGAGUCCUUUGGUUUUCAUGUUUUGUUUUUUUUGUUUUGUUUUUUUUUUUUUUAACUUGGAAGGGUUGGGGGAGGGGGGAGAAAGGGAAGGGAAUUGCUGAGAUGACAGUGUCCCACACAGCUUCAAAUAAAAUCCAUGGAAAUAUA